AUGCAUUUGUCCAAGGUCGGAGUUCUCGCUCUCCUGCAGGCCGGUCUCAUCUGUGCCUCAGCCAUCUCUCCCUCGUGGAACGUCAAUGUCAAGCGAAAGGCCGAAACAAACGCAACACUUUACGCUUACGGAACGAACUCAUCUUCAUGGCCUAUUGCUUAUGGAUUGGAUGACGGAUAUCUGUACAUCACUCAGACCCCUGACGAUGCCAAUGCCAACCUAGUCCCGAUCACUUGGGAUCUUCCGUCCAUCACGGGUGAGAACUGGAAGGUCAAUGGCACGUUCGUGAACGGAACAUCUGCUGGCUCUUUGACCAUCACCGACAGCGAAGAUAAUGCAAUGGGUCUUACUCAAAUCCCUCAGGCAGUCACUGUUAACCAAACUACCUAUGGGUGGGCGCUUUUUGCGACACAGCUGGUGUACAACAAUAACUCACAGCUGGAAGCGCAAUUCUGGGCGAAGCCAUCUGAAUGGGAAGACACCUAUCUUCUGUUCUGGAACGCAGACGACCUCGUUUCCACCGGAAGUUUCCCUGUGGUCGUCAAAGGGGUCGAAAAUUCCUAG